CAAAAGCCAACAGUUAAUAAUAUCUCUGUUUCUCAUAAAAGAAGACCAACAUUUUUCUUGUUUGCAUAUUAUAAAAACGGGUAGAUAAUUAAAUACCUAAGAAGAUUGAGAGCCUUUGGGUGCCCUUUCCUAGGAAGUGAGAACCAAACCGAUAAUAGUGACACUUUGAGAAGAGAAGAGAAGAGAAGAGAAGAAGGUAAAGGAAGAAACUUUGGAGAGAAAUGAGUGGAGGAGGAGAAGGGGCAUCGUUAGAGUAUACACCGACAUGGGUUUUAGCAGGAGUUUGCACAGUGAUUGUUGCCAUUUCCUUGGCUAUGGAGCGUUUGCUUCAUUAUCUUGGGAAUGUUUUGAAGAAGAAACAACAGAAACCACUCUUUGAGGCUCUUUUGAAAGUUAAAGAAGAGUUGAUGCUGUUGGGGUUUAUAUCACUGUUGUUGACAGUAUUUCAGAGUGCAAUUUCUAAAAUUUGCAUAUCAAAGGAAGCAGUAACAAGCAUGCUUCCUUGUAAAAUUGAAGGCAAUAAAGAAACAGCAGAGCACUCCAAUAGUACUGCCACAACAUCACAUUUUCAGAAGUAUUUUGCUUUUACUCUGUCUGGUGGCACCAGGCGCCUACUGGCUGAAACAUCUAGUGCUUCCCAGAUGGGAUACUGUGGUGAGAAGAACAAGGUACCCUUGUUGUCUGUUGAAGCGCUACAUCAUCUGCAUAUUUUCAUCUUCGUCCUGGCCAUUGUCCAUGUGACAUUUUGUGUUCUCACAGUUUCUUUUGGUGGGCUAAGGAUACGUCAAUGGAAACAUUGGGAAGAUUCAAUUGCAAAAGAGAAUUAUGAUUCAGAGCAAAUGUUGAAGAAAAAAGUCACUCAUGUCCGUCAGCAUACUUUUAUCAAAGACCAUUUUCUGGGUAUCGGUAAAGAUUCUAUUGUGCUAGGGUGGUUGCAUUCGUUUUUUAAGCAAUUCUAUGCAUCUGUGACCAAAUCAGAUUAUGUGACACUAAGGCUAGGUUUCAUCAUGACCCAUUGCAGCGGGAAUCCCAAGUUUAAUUUUCACAAGUACAUGAUACGAGCCUUAGAAGAUGAUUUCAAGCAAGUUGUUGGUAUAAGUUGGUAUCUCUGGGUAUUUGUGGUCAUCUUCUUGUUGCUGAAUGUUAAUGGCUGGCAUACAUAUUUCUGGAUAGCAUUCAUUCCUUUCAUUCUUCUACUUGCUGUUGGCACCAAGCUCGAGCAUGUGAUUAUCCAGUUGGCGCAUGAGGUUGCUGAGAAACAUGAAGCCAUUGAAGGGGAAUUAGUGGUGAAGCCAUCAGAUGAUCACUUUUGGUUUAAUAAGCCUCACAUUGUCCUCUUCUUGAUCCAUUUCAUCCUCUUCCAAAAUGCCUUUGAGAUUGCAUUUUUCUUCUGGAUAUGGGUUCAAUUUGGGUUCGACUCCUGCAUAAUGGGUCAAGUUCGUUAUAUCAUUCCUAGGCUUGUUAUAGGGGUUUUCAUUCAGGUGCUCUGUAGUUAUAGCACCCUGCCACUUUAUGCCAUUGUUACACAGAUGGGAAGCUCAUUCAAGAAGGCUAUAUUUGAUGAGCAUGUGCAAGUAGGCCUUGUUGGUUGGGCACAAAAGGUGAAGAAAAAGAAAGGCUUAAGAGCUGCUACUGAGGCUGCUGCUCAAGAGGAACGUCCUUCUGUUGCGAUUCAGAUGGGGAGAGUUUUGCGCAAUGCAGCUACUCCUGAGGAGAUUGCUCCUUCACAUGGUUCUGAUCAUGGCUCGACAUAAGCAGUGCUGAUGGGGCAACAGAGCUAUGCUUGUUGCUUCAUUGUGGAAGGUGCUGGUUUUGUAAAAUUAUUGAUUAGGGAACAGCAUUGGUUAUGUAUUUAUCAGGGGUGUUUUUAUAUUCACAGGGUUGGUAUAUGUUCUUAUGAGUAUCUUCUGGUCAUCAAAUUCGGGUUAAGAUUGCAAGGACUUUGUAACAUCCAUCUGAAGCAUUCGGUUGCUGUUAGUGUUUUACUGCUUAGUGUAUCUCAACGGCAGUUAAUUCUGUAAUCUUAACACACAGUUAUAUCAUGGAGGCACAAAAUUUGCAAA